AUGAGAGGAGGCCGGGGCGGCAGGGGAGGAGGUUCUGCCGGAGACCGGAGACCGUGGGUUCGUGAUGGCACAGAACGCCGAGGUCCGGUGAUUGAAGAAGCUCCGCUGUACCCGCCGAAUCCAGAACUUCAGCGUGCAGUCCCCCUUGACCCGAGCAUGGGAUGUCUCGUGCUGAUUCAUCGGUUACUGACGAACUACUGGCGGAGCUCUGAAUUUUAUAUUGCUGAUCGCCCACCUAAGCCGGAAGUUGCGCGGUAUUCUAACAGGAGUCAGAAUCAGGUUUAUGACCUCGAGCUUCGAAAGGACGCAACUGUGUCGCACUGCCGAAAGGACUACUUUCCUGCCGAGCUUCUCCAGUCAAAACUGUUGCGUCCAACCCGCGGCUCGGGCAGAGCAUGCGCUGCAGACUCACGCCGACAGCGCCUGAAGGAGAUGGAACAGAAGGAAAGCGAAAGCAAGGGUGCUGACGACAAACAAAGGAACACAGGCGCUGAGGAAAAGAACGAAGACGAGCUGUUUCCCGCGGAGGAGCUUGAGGACUUUGGCGGAGAUGAUUAUGCGCACGACUAUUACGCGGAUGAAGAUCUGGAUGACCAUUUAGAAGAUGCAGAUGAUGGUGGCGUUUUUUAG